AUUUUUAUACUCCAAAUAAAAGUGGAAGCCAUUAUAAGAUAACAACAAGCAUAAGAUUGAUAGCACCUCAAUUAUAUCUUAUGAGUUGAAUUGAUCAAAGUUGAUGUCACUCUCUAUCCACUCAAUAUCUACAUGACAACUCCAUAAUAAAUGAAGUCCAAUUAAAAAGUUUCUUCUUACCAUUUCUUUUCUUGUUUCCCCCUUUUCUGGAUUACAAAUUGUUGAAAUUCAGGUGCUGAUAUGAAGUUGAUGAUCCUACUUACUCAAAUACUAAAGUCAAAUAUCAAAGAAAGAUAAAAUAAAAUCAAAGAAUUUUUUUCUAAUAUCUUGUCCUAGCACAGCUGACUGAGUCUUAAAUCUUGACUAUUAAUUGCUUCUUUCAGACCACCUACCUGAGCAAGAAAAUCCUCAAACUGACAUAAUAAAAUUUUAGUAGAUAAUAGUUGCUCACAAGUCACAAGAAAGGCAAAUUUACUUCUAGUGAAAAAGUGGCUGAUUCAGAUCAACCCUUAAAAUGUCUUCUUGAUUUGGAGAACUACCACAUUAUUAUUAUUAGUUUUUGCAGAACUUGAAGACGCUGAAUCCACUGUGGAGAUGGACACAUCUGGCAGUACAGAUUCUGAUAUCAUACUGAUCAAUAGAGAAAGGGACAGAGUUGGCAUACUUGUUGAAUCCUUGUUGGAAGAUAUUUCACAGUUCAUCAAAUUAGUGGUUUCAAUAGAUGUAGAAAAAGAGAAUUUCAUUGAGAUUGGAAGCUACUUGUACCGCGCUUCUGCAGUCAUAAUGGAUUUGCAAAUAGGAACAAAUGCAACAUCAAAUGUCAUAGAGAAAUUACGGUCUAUGUUUGAACAUGUGCAUUUAGCGAAUGAGCUUAUCAAGAAAUGCCAAAACUAUAGGCAAUUAAAUCAGUUAACUGAACCAAGUGCAAGUGCUGUCGUAGAACAACUUCAAGUUGUGAACGGACAUAUCGCGGAAGGAUUAAGUCUAAUACCAUCUUCUGUUUAUUGGGAACAAGAAUGUGCAGAAAUCGCAGUUAAGUCUCUCUCGAAAGAUAUGAAAGGUGCAGCAGCAUUUGUAGCAAGAAAAAAUCUGGUUUCAGAACAGACAGAGUUAGAAGUUCACAAGUUUUCUUCAAGGGAACUAUUGACAAAUGGAACAGAAGAAACAGAAACAGAUCUUUACUCCAUCGAUGUUGACGUUUCCAUGGAGAAUCUUCGACUAGCUGAUUCAACAAAUAUUCAUAUAAGUAACAAUUCAAGAAGCAGUAUCAGCAUAGGCUUACAUAACUGGAGCUAUGGUUCUUUGACAAAUCUUCCGCGGAUAUCUGAGUCUGAAUACAUAGAACCUCUAUAUGAAACCUUCUUUUGUCCAUUGACGGAGAAGAUUAUGGAGGAUCCUGUCACUAUAGAAAGUGGAGUAACAUACGAGAGGGACGCAAUUUCAGAAUGGAUUAAAAAUUCUGAUAACCGCGAAGAAAUAUUUUGUCCAAAGUCGGGCCAGAAGCUAAAGAGCAGAAAUCUUAGUACUAAUGUGGCAUUGAAAGCAACGAUAGACGAAUGGAAAGAAAGAAAUGAAGCAGCAAGGAUCAAGGUUGCAAAGGCAGCUUUGUCUUCAGCCAGUACAAAUGAUACAAUACUCAAAGCGAUCGAAGAUUUGCAACUCAUUUGCCUCAGAAAGCCUUACAAUAAGGUACAAGUUCGUAACAUUGGUGUAAUACCACUGCUUGGAAAUUUACUGGAUAACAGAAACAGAACUAUAAGAUGUGCAACGUUGGAAUUGUUGCGAUAUUUGGCUGAAGAUGAUGAUGAGGAAAUAAUUGCUGAAACUAUCGAUAUUUCUACAGUUACAAGGAUGCUCUCGAGUAAUCAUGGACCUAUUAGGCAUGCAUCACUACGACUUUUACUUGAGCUUUCAAAAUCCCAGUUCCUAUGUGAUAAUAUUGGAUCAGUUCCUGGAGCUAUCCUCAUGCUGAUCACAGCCAAAUACAGACAUACCGAUGAUGCAUUUGUUGCAGAUAAAGCUGAUGAAGUCUUGCAAAGCUUGGAGAAAUAUCCAUGCAACAUCAAACACAUGGCUGAAAAUGGAUAUCUGGAGCCACUUUUAAAUCAUCUUCUUGAAGGCAGUGAAGAGAUGAAAAUGGCGAUGGCACGAUACCUCGGGGAAAUCGUGCUUGGACCUGACAGCAUUAUCUAUGUUGCUGAGAGAGCUUCUCCUACUUUGAUCAAAAUGGUAGAGUGUGGAAAUUCUGUGAGAAGGAAUGCAGCCUUUAGAGCUCUACAACAAAUUUCUUCUUACCAUCCAAAUGCCUCCACACUUGUGGAAGCUGGCCUUGUCCAAAUCAUGAUUGAAGAGAUUUUCAAUCAAACGGUUCAUGAUGAGCCAGUGAACUCGAAGAAAGAAGCAGCUGGUAUACUUGCAAAUGUGCUCGAGUCCGGAUUAGUAGAGCUAGAGAACCUUCAAGUUAAUGGGCAUGGACACACAUUGGCUUCGGAUUACAUGAUAUUCAACUUCGUUCAAAGGAUCAAAAACUCGACCCCUGAAGAAAUGAAUUUUCACUUAGUCAGGAUCCUGAUAUGCCUGAUGAAGUAUCCUAAUGCAUCGUCUACCAUUAUCUCUGUGAUCAAAGAGACAGACGCUAGCUACAAUCUGAUCGAGCUCAUCAAUAGCCCCGAUGAAGAGCUCAGCAUUGCAGCACUUAAGCUUCUUAUCACUCUCUCGCCUUUCAUGGGGCACACAAUUUCAGACAGAUUAUGCAAAACUAAAGGACAACCCGAGAGCCUAAUUCACGAUCCAUCUGAAAGUCCUACGAUCACAGAAAAGCAAGCAGUUUCCGCCACUCUUCUUGCAAAGCUUCCACACCAAAACAUGACACUCAACUUAGCAUUGGUCAAUAAGAACACAAUUCCUACAAUCAUAGAACAAAUCAACAAAAUCCAUGUGAGUGGGACAAGAACAAGCAGGUAUACAAAUGUAUAUUUUGAUGGUCUAAUAGGAACUCUUGUCAGACUGACAACCACACUCUAUGAUCAUCAAAUUUUACACGUGGUAAGAGUGUUCAACUUCACGUAUAUAUUCACAGAGUUACUCGUGAAAACAUCAAGUGAUGAAGUUCAAAAGUUAUCAGCAAUAGGGCUAGCUAACUUGUCGAAGCAAUCAGUCAACUUAUCAAAACCACCACCAAUCAAGAACAACAACAAGUACUUAAAAUCUUUUCUGCUAAGAAGAUGUAUGUCUCUUCAUUCAAAAUCUGAGAAAGUACCAUUAUGCUCAGUUCACCGAGGCAUUUGUUCUGCUGAAGAAAGUUUCUGUUUGAUUGAUGCUAAGGCAAUUGAAAGACUACUAUCCUGUUUGCACCAUGACAAUGUGGAAGUAGUUGAAGCUUCAUUAUCAGCUAUAUCGACGUUACUAGACGAUAAAGUUGAUGUGGACAAGAGUGUUGAGUUAUUGAUUGAGAUGCAAACCAUUCAGCAUGUGCUGAAUGUGGUGAAGGAGCACAGGGAAAAUAAUGUUCUGUGGCACAAAUCAUUUUGGCUGAUUGAGAAGUUUCUAUCAAAAGGUGGGGACAAAUCUGUUUCAGAUAUAUCACAGGACAGGUUGUUUCCUGCUAGUGUUGUCAGUGCAUUUCACCAUGGAGAUGUUUGCACUAGGCAAAUGGCUGAGAAAAUCUUGAUGCAUUUGAAUAAAAUGCCACAUUUUGCCAACACUGCUAGUUUUACCACAUAAAAAUAUGUAGUAGUAGUAGUAGUAACAUUUUGUACAAAUUUUUUGUCAUAUUACUUUCUCUUUAGUUCAGAAUUUGCUAUAAUAUGAACUUUUGUUUCAUGCUUGCAUCUAGUGGGGUUUUCUUUACAUUUUUUGUGAAGCCAGAGAUAUGGGACAUUAUAUUUAUGCAUGUUCCGAGGAGACCAAAUAAAAUUAUGCAAAAAUGUCCAUUUUAAGAAAAA